AUGGCUGAAGGGUUAUCUCCUGAACUCCUCGAUGUUCUUCGCCUCUCGCUCAAGUCCUCCGCAGAUAUUCUCCUGGCCCUCGAAGAACGUCCUCGGGUUCCAUCCUCAGACCAUAUUCGGGAGCUCAUCAAAGCCAUCCUCUGGCAUCGGAAGUUCGUCUUGACCUAUUACGCCCUCAUCGCCCUGAUAGUUGCCCUGUGCGGUGGCUAUGGACUCUACAAAAGAUGGGCUCGGCUGGGCCAGCAAAGAGAGCGGGAGUGCGUGGCUGCGCUGACUACGUCGUCAUCAUCGAGCAGUACAUUGGAAGGCAGCGCAACACCACCGCAGAAGAAUGAUCCUGCAGAGACCACACCUCUACUUUGUUCGCCAGAACCAUCUACAAGAGAGGGCCCCGCUCUGCUUGACAGAGUGCGAAGUGUUCUCAUGCACCAGCCUCGGCCAAUACGGGCUCUGACUUCUCCACGAAACGUCCUGCCCAACAACGGCACCACGCUGACUGUUCUGUUCUUUUUCGCCCUUAAUCUAUUCUAUUUGUUCUAUCGGGUGCCUUUGUCCGAGACAGGGGUGUUUAUUCUUGCUGACAGAGCAGGCCUCUUGUUCGUCGUCAAUCUCCCCAUCUUGUACCUGCUGGCAGCAAAAACAAAUCAGCCAAUCAAGGCCAUCACAGGAUGGUCCUACGAAGGGCUGAAUCUAUUCCAUCGACGGCUGGGGGAGUGGAUGAUAGCCUUUGCGGUCCUUCAUAUGCUUGGGAUGUUCGCCACCUGGUAUGCCAUCUUGAGGCCUCUAGGAUUCACCCUCCUGCGCUAUCUCACCGCUAGAGUUGUGCUGUUGGGUAUCAGCGCCAUUCUUUCCUAUUUGAUCAUCUAUAUCACCAGCAUUGGCUGGUUUCGUCACUUAUACUACGAGGCGUUCUUGGGAUUUCACAUAUUCUUCCAGGUGGCAGCACUGGUGUUCUUGUUUUUUCAUUAUCCAACGGCCCGACCGUACGUGCUGGCCACCUUUGCAAUUUGGGCGAUUGAUAGACUGUUGUGGCGAAUUUCCCUGUCGAGUCGAAGAGUCAUUGCAUCCUUGGAGGUGGCUCCCGAUGAGCACACCAUUCUGCUUCACUGCGAGAUUGACUUACGGAAGACGACCUUUGGGAUAAGGUCACAUCUCCACCAUGGCUGGCUUCCCGGGCAACACGUGUUCCUCACCAUUCCAUCCAUGGGUUUCAAAUAUCGGUUUCAAGCGCAUCCGUUCACGAUCGCCUCACCGGCUCCUCCUAGGGAUAGUACAACCACAUCCUGGCCGCUUCUAUUGGUUAUACGCUCUAUUGAUGGCUUUUCUCAUGACUUGCUGAAGUUCGCUCGGCAUCAUCAGCACUGCGAAGUCACCCUCGAUGGACCUCAUGGCGGAAUCGAAGCAUUAGAGGCCGCCCGUGGCGCCGACCGCGUUUGCUUCGUCGCUGGCGGAAGCGGCAUUGCUGUCACAUAUCCUCUUGCCUGGGAUGUGCGGGUGAAGCAGGACUUGCAAGCAGAGGCGCUGGUCAGCUCGAGGACUGUGUACGCCGGUGGGCAGAGAAUAAUCCCAGCAGUUCGCGAGUGUGGUCCAUUGACUGAACCAUCGGCGUAUGGCCAUUUCUGGGUCCGACAAGACCCACGUCAUGAUCAGUGGAUUUCCAUGUUCCCCCGAGCGCACACUGUGAAGGCAGGCUACCCUGGAGAUGUCUAUGUGGAAGCUCCUUCCAAGGAUGAUGGGCACCAAGAAGUGGCGUCAAUUGUCACCCACACUUUCGAUACAAGGAGACCCGGCCUAGACGGAGGACGCCCCGACAUGUCAACAGAGCUCUGGCACUGGGUGACAUCUGUUCCGGCGUCUCGAUCCUCGUCUUCCAACACACUCACACUCGGCGCACAGCCUCCUGGCUCAGACCGGACGCACCACGGAUCAUCCAUGUCGAAAUCAAAGUCGGAUGACAACUCGGACAUCAGCAGACGAUCACGGUCGCGUGAUGAGAAGCUGUGUAUCAUCGUUUCCGGCCCCGACGGACUGGUGAGGGAUGUCCGAAACAUUGCGGCGCAGUUGGUCCAUCAAGGCUGGAAUCUAGAAGUCUGGGUGGAGAAAUUUGGCUGGUAG